AUGCAGUCUACACACACUGCCCUUGAGUCGGCGGUGAAAGCUGCGCCCCGCCGUCGAGUUCGUCGCGCCAUCGACCCAUCUGCCGCCAUCCUUCCUCCCUCUCGCGACCUGAUCGGCCCGCCAUGCCCCCUCUCGAACCUCCGACCAGUCUACUAUGCCCCUCUCUUCCCCUCCCUGCACUCGCCGUCCGGCUGGUCAACCGCAAUGACCGCCCCUUCCUCCUCAUCGCCCGCAAUUCCAUCACGACCACACCCUUACUCUCUCGCCGAAUUCCCCUCUUCCGCCUCAUCUUCCCAUUCGAACCCACGACAAGCCCGCCUGCACGCCGUCGCCCGCUCGCUCCACGCGAAAGACCUCGAAUGGCGCUUAACACGGUAUCGCUUUGACUCGUUCAACCAGGACUUCUGGGCGCGGAUGAACACGUUGUUCCUCCGAGCUAGGGACGAGUAUAUCGUGCGUAUGGAGCGGGAAAGGGCGGGACUUGCGGCGGUUAGGGCGGCGAAGGAGGGAGACGUUGAUGCGGAGUCGUUUCCGCCGCAGGUCAGCGCGGCUGUCGCGGGAACGGGGACAGAGGACGUCGAUCUGGCGCCCUUCUAUGCGGAGUAUCUCGGCAAGACCAAGAGGGCGUACGCGGAAUACAACAAGCAGUUGUGGAGGAUGCAGAUCGAGAUGCUGUGGCCGGCGGUCAAGGCGAGUGCGAGGCGGUGGCGAUGGAAGUGGGAGGUGUGGCGAGCAGGAGGGGAGAAGCUGUAG